AUGGGUUGGUUAGAAGGUUGCAAAAGAAUUAUUGGUUUUGAUGGAUGCUUCUUGAAAGGGAUGUGUAAAGGUGAGUUACUGGUAGCUGUUGGCAAAAAUGGGAACAAUCAGAUAUUUCCAAUAGCAUGGGUAGUUGUGGAGACAAAACACUCUUGGACAUGGUUCAUUCAACACCUGAGUGCUGACUUGGAGUUAGGAGAUGGUUUCAACUUAACAGUAACGUCAGACAGUCAAAAGGGAUUAAUACCUGCAAUUGAAAACUUGCAGUGCAAGGAUGAGUUUGCAAGAUUGGGAAUGCUGGGGAGAAACAUAUGUGAGUAUGUUCUGGAUUACAACAAAGAAGUAUGGGUAAGGGCUUAUUUUAGUCCUAUGUCUAAAUGUGAUGUUGUUAAAAAUAAUAUGUGUGAGGCAUUUCAUUCAUGGAUAGUGGUACCUAGGCAUAAGUCAGUUAUAACUAUAUUAGAGGAAAUCAGACACAAAGUGAUGACUAGAACUGUUGAUAUGAGGAGAUUUGCUGAAACUUUGAUAACAGAUAUAUCCCCAAUAGCAAGAAUGAAUUUAGAAGAAAAUAAAGAUGCAUUUAGGAGAUGUAAAGUUCUUUGGAAUGGAGAUAAUGGUUUUGAAAUUUCUAAUAGUGAUAUUAGGCAUAUUGUUGAUUUAAGAGAGAAGACUUGCACUUGUAGAACCUGGAUGUUGAGAGGAAUUCCAUGCCCUCAUGCUAUUUGUUCCCUAUAUCACUUAGGACAGAAUCCAGAUGGCUUGGUUGAACAUUGA